UACUCACAUCCGUUUCUCCAUCUGUUGUUGGAGUGUGAAAAGAACGCAAGUAACACUGUUUUAACCGUGAACUGGUUUGAAGUAGAGUAUCCUUAACGAGAGAGUUGUUAAGUUAAUGCGACUAGUCUCCUUCAGCUUCUUAAACUCUCACACCACCUAAACCCUUUUUUCUUCUUCCCAGUGGCGUUAACAAUGUCAGAUCCGAACCAGAUUUCGUUCGCUGUAUCCUUCUUGUGCAGCGCUUUCGCAGCUUGUUUCGCCGAGUUUUGUACCAUUCCUCUGGACACAGCUAAGGUCAGGCUUCAACUACAAAAGAAGGUAGGGGUUGAUGAUGGAGUGGGUUUACCUAAAUACAAGGGCAUGCUAAGCACAAUUAAGACCAUUGCUAGAGAAGAGGGUGUAUCAGCUCUGUGGAAAGGAAUUGUUCCUGGUUUGCAUCGCCAAUGUUUAUAUGGAGGCUUAAGAAUCGGAUUAUAUGAUCCUGUCAAGACAUUUCUUGUUGGUAGUGCCUUUGUUGGAGAGGUUCCAAUAUACCAUAUGAUCCUGGCUGCUCUGCUCACUGGUGCUUUAGCAAUCACGAUUGCUAAUCCAACUGAUCUUGUUAAAGUUAGGCUUCAAUCUGAAGGUCAUCUGCCAUCUGGGGUACCUAGGCGUUAUUCUGGUGCCAUAGAUGCUUAUUUAACUAUAUUGAAACAAGAAGGAAUAGGGGCCUUGUGGACUGGGCUUGGGCCAAACAUAGCAAGGAAUGCAAUUAUAAAUGCUGCUGAAUUAGCUAGCUAUGAUAAAGUGAAACGGACGAUUUUGAAAAUUCCAGGGUUCAUGGACAAUGUCUAUACUCACCUUCUUGCUGGCUUAGGGGCAGGUCUUUUUGCUGUAUUUAUUGGUUCUCCCGUUGAUGUGGUGAAAUCCAGGAUGAUGGGGGAUUCAACCUACAAAAACACAUUUGACUGCUUUCUUAAGACUUUGCUUAAUGAGGGAUUUUUGGCCUUCUAUAAAGGUUUCCUUCCAAAUUUUGGUCGAGUAGGAGCCUGGAAUGUGAUUAUGUUUCUUACUUUUGAACAAGCGAAAAGAUUUUUGAGAGGAUAAUUAUUGCUUCAUGAUUGAUAUUGACGAAGGAAAAUUAGUGUUCUUUCUCGGUUGAGUGCUAUCAGAUGAACGGCAAAUUUAUUACAAGAAAGGUGGUCUUUCCACAUUCAUUCCCCACUUCUUCCUUGUGGACGGACAUCAUGCUUAAUAUUUAGUCAAUGAAUAAACCGUCAAAUUACCUCUGUAUAUGAUUGUCUCCUGCUUAAGCCAUGUGAAGGCCACAAUUCAAAGUUUCAAACAUUCUUAGUUAA